AUGGCCUCCGCCCUCACUUUACAGUCGAAGCAAAAGCUCAACACCGGCUAUGAGAUCCCUGUCCUGGGAUACGGCCUCUGGAAGACCCCUCCCGAACAGGCCCACGAGGUGGUCAUCGAGGCGUUGAAGGUCGGAUAUCGCCACAUCGAUUCCGCUGCCUCAUACAAGAACGAGGCCGGCUGCGGAAGUGCCAUCCGCCAGACCAAGGACAUCCCUCGCUCCGAGAUCUUCUUCACCUCCAAGGUGCGCCAUAUCCACUAUGAUGGCGCCAAGGAGCAGGUCGAGAAGACUCUGGAGGAGACCGGUCUCGAGUACAUCGAUCUGAUGCUCCUCCACUGCCCCUACGGUGGCUCCGCCGGCCGCAAGGGCGCCUGGAAGGCUCUGGUCGAGGCUCAGGAGGCUGGCAAGGUGCGCUCGAUCGGCAUCAGCAACUACGGCGUGCACCACCUCGACGAGCUUGAGACGCACAUCAAGGAGCUCGAGGCCGAGCGUGGAGCGGGCAAGGGCGGCGUGAUCGACGUUGCCCAGUACGAGAUUCACCCCUGGUGCGCGAGGAACGACAUCGUCCAGUGGCUUCAGAAGCGCAACGUCGCCAUCGAGGCCUACAGCCCCCUGGUCAGGGGUGAGAGAUGGGGCGAGAAGAACCUCAAAGCUCUCGCCGACAAGCACGGCAAGACCGAGGCUCAGAUCUUGCUGCGCUGGAGCUUGCAGAAGGGCUAUGUCCCCCUGCCCAAGAGCGUCACUCCCGCUCGCAUCCUUGCCAACACCGAGAUUUACGACUUCCAGCUGUCUGACGAGGACAUGAAGUCCCUCGAGACCGACGAGUAUGCUCCGGUCUGUUGGGAUCCGACCGUUAGCCCCCUGGAUGGACCCCAGGAUGGCUGA